CUGAAGAUUUCGGAACAAGGAGAAGAAGCUGGGAUUUCGAGGUGAGUUUUCUGGGGGGUCUCUAGGUGUCUGGCUUCUCUGCGUCUCUCAUUAUCUCUGACAGUGUGAUUUUUGGAUUUGAAUGUGAUUUGAACUCUGAAAUUCUAUCGUAUCAAAUCAGGAUUCUUAAAAUUCAGUUCGAAAGUCCAAAACUGAUUUUUGAAUAUUUUUUUGAUUUUAAAACCGAAAUUCUGACUUCUGAAACUCAAAUUCUAGAAAUUCUCAAAUUUUUUUUUUAAUUUUUAAAAAACAGUUUGAAAAUUUGAAUUUUUCAAACUGAAUUUCAGAUUUCGUCACUUCCAAAUUCAGAAUCACGUUAUUAAUUUUUGAUGUCUGAAAUGCUCAACUUUAGGUAACCGACUUUGUUUUCUGAGCCCCAAAUUUUGUUAUUUAAUAUUUCGUAAUCUAGAAAUUUUCAGAUUUUUUUUUCGAAAUCACAUCACAAAUUUGAAUUUUUCAGAUUUUGUGUAUGUAGUUUGAAACCCCGAAAAACCUUUUUCUAAACAGCUGAAACUCGUAGAAUAAAAAAUCAAACGUGAAAUUCCAGAACAACUCUCCUGAACCUCUAGUUUCAGCUUUAUUUUCAGACAUCAAAAACCUUCCUAGAAAAAAUUGAUUUUCAGACAAGAUUGAUUUUCUGAAAAUCAAAUUUUCUUGUUUAUAAUAUUUUCCGUAGGCGGUUUUUUGUUAUUUCACCUGUGGUCAAAAAUUGAUUUCUAAAAAAAUUUUUAAAAAAUUCUGAAGAGAAGAAGAAGAAGAAGCAAAAUUCAAUUUUCUACAAAAAUAUUUUUGUGACGCAUGAAAAAUACAAAAAUUUGUAUUUUUCGUGACGCAAAUCGCUUGUUUUUCAGUGGACAAUUUAGCAGAUCUGCUCAAAAAUCUAAGCACUAGACUUUUAGAAGCUUCUAAAGUUUCAGCCAGAUUUCAGAUAUUUUUCAGCUUCAUCUAGAGUUCCAGAAGGUUCAGCUAGAAUUUCAGAAUUUUCUAGACUUUCAGCUGAAUAUUCAGAAGCUUCAGAUAGAGUUUCAGCUUUAUCUAAACUUAAAGCUGAAUUCCAGAAGUUUCAGGCUUUUUUGAAUCUCUCCAGAAGCUUCAGCUAGAUCUUCAGAAGCUUCAGCUAGAUGUUCAGAAGCUUUAGCUAGAAUUUCAGCUUUAUCUAGAUUUUCAGAAGCUUCAGCUGGAUCUUCAGCUUCAACUGAAUUUUCAGAAGCUUCAUCUAGAUUUUCAGAAUCUUCAGAUCUAGAAUUCCAGAAUCUUCAGAUCUAGAAUUCCAGAAGCUUCAGAUCUAUAAUUCCAGAAGCUUCAGCUAGAAUUUCAGCUUUAUCUAGAUUUUCAGCUGAAUUUUCAGAAGGUUCAGCUAGAUUUUCAGUUUUAUCUAGACUUUCAGCUGAAUUUUCAGAAGCUUCAGCUAGAUUUCCAAAAGCUUCAUCUAGAAUUCCAAAAGCUUCAGAUAGAUUUCCAGAAUCUCCAGCUUUAACUUUCAGCUUCAUCUGAGUUUUCAGAAGCUUCAGAUAGAUCUUCAGAAGCUUUACCUAGAUUUUCAGAAGGUUCAGAUAAAUCUUCAGCUUCAACUGAAUUUCCAGAAGCUCCAGAUAAAUCUUCAGCUUCAUCUAGACUUUCAGAAGCUUCAUCUAGAUUUCCAGAAGCUUCAGCUCUAGAUUUUCAGCUUUAUUCUGGAUUUUCAGAAGCUUUAAGCUUCAUCUGGGGUUUCAGAACCUUCAGCUGGAUCUUCAGCUUCAACUGAAUAUUCAGAAGCUUCAGCUGGAAUUUCAGCUUUAUCUAGACUUUCAGCUGAAUUUUCAGAAGCUUCAGGCUUUUCUGAAUCUUCAUCAAGACUUUCAGAAGCUUCACCUAGAUCUUCAGAAGCUUCACCUAGAUUUUCAGAAUCUUCAGAUCUAGAAUUCCAGAAUCUUCAGAUCUAUAAUUCCAGAAGCUUCAGCUAGAAUUUCAGCUCUAUCUAGAUUUUCAGCUGAACUUUCAGAAGCUUCAGGCUUUUCUGAAUCUUCAUCAAGACUUUCAGAAGCUUCAUCUAGAAUUUCAGCUUUAUCUAGAUUUUCAGCUCAAUAAUUAGAAUCUUCAUCUAGAUCUCCCGCUCUAAACUUCCAGCCAAAUUCUCAGCUCCACCCACAAUUCCACAACUCAUUUUCCAGCACCAAAAACACAACAAUGGGUUCUUGUAAUAGUAGCGAGAAUGCGGAAGGCAACGCGCGGAACAAAGAAAUCGAGAAGCAAUUGAACGCGGACAAGCGGGCCGGUAGUAGUAUUGUGAAAUUGUUGCUUUUGGGAGCCGGAGAGUGCGGAAAGUCGACGGUUUUGAAACAGAUGCAGUGAGUUUUUGAGGGGAAGCGAAGCGGAAGCUUCCGCGAGCGCUUUUGGCGCGAGUGUAGACCGCAAGCUUCCGCGAAGCGGCACUAUCUACCGCUUCAGCGGUCACUCCUAAGCCUACAUAUAGGCUUAACAUGGGCCUGAGCUCAGCCUAAGCUCCUGCCUGAGUCUGGGCCUAACUGAGCCUAAAUUCGGAUGAAAAAGUCUAGGCAUCCCAGAAUCUAGCCUAAGCUUGUUAGAUUUAAGGGCUUAUGUGAAGGUGAGAAACUUUAUAGCUAACAAAACUUCUAAUAAGAUUCUGAAGGGCUUCUAGAAAUCCUCAAAAUCCUCAAAUUUGCUUCCAGAAUCCUCCACAGCAACGGAUUCUCCGAAGAAGAAGUCAACGAGAAACGAGCCAUCGUGUUCAACAACACAGUCUCCUCAAUGUGCACAAUUCUCAAAGCUAUGGAUGGAACUUUGCAUUUGCCUAUUGAGGAUUCACAAUUGGUAAGGGAGAGUUGGGCUAAGUUUCGCGUUAAAAAUCUAGAAUUUUUUUGCUAAAAAUGAUCAAACAUCUCUGGAUUACUCAGAAGUGAAGAAAAACAUGUUUUUUGUAGUUUUGUAGAAGGUACAAAUGAGUACAGUAGGAUUUUCUUAAUUAAUACAAAAAUAGGUAGAUUAUUUUUUGGAUGAUCAAAAUCCAGAAAGAAAAUUGUGCCAGGCUUGCAGAAAUCAAGCUCCGCCCACUUUUAACAAUACCAAAAAAUGUGCCCUAAUUGUAAGGUUGCAAUUUAGGCCACGCCUCUUUCAAAUAAAUUGUGCCAGGCUUGCGGAAACCAAGCUCCGCCCACUUUUGAAUAUCACAAAAAACUGUGCCAGACUUGCAGAUAUGUAGUUCGACAGAUUUUUUGAGAAAAAAACUGUGCCAGACUUGCAGAAAUCAAGCUCCGCCUACUUUCGAAGAUCCCAAAAACUGUGUCCUAAAAUUGCAAUUUAGGCCACGCAUCUAUCAAAUAAACUGUGCCAGACUUGCAGAAAUCAAGCUCCGCCUACUUUCUAAGAUCCAAAAAAAUGUGCCCUGAAAUUGCAAGUCAAGCAAUAAAGCUUCUGACAAUUUUCUGCAAUCCUCGCACAGUUUUUUUUGCAAUUCUAGGGCACAGUUUUCAAUCUAGCUCAAAUUCCCAAGUACAAAAAUAGGCCACGCCCCCUCACAAGAAAACUGUGCCAGACUUGCAUUUUUUCCAGAAAGACAAAGCUCUAGUGUUGGCCGUUCAAGAACGUGGAGAAGAAUCCGAACCGCUAACCGACGAAGUUUCGCGAGCGAUUCAAAAUCUAUGGGCCGAUCCGGCCAUCAAAAAAGCAUUCGAGAUGCGAAGCGAAUAUCAAUUGCCCGACUCGGCGAAAUAGUGAGUUUUGUGGGGGGCUUUCGGGCCUAGUUCCGGGCCUAAAUAAGGCCUCUUUCGGGCCUGAAGAAGGCCUAAAUAAGGCCUCUUUCGGGCCCGGGCCGGCCUAACGAAAUCCAAACAUCUCUCUUUUGCAGCUUCUUGGACAAUUGCGCUCGUAUCUCCGAGUCUGGCUAUCGGCCAAGUGAACAGGAUAUACUGUACUCAAGAGUUGCGACAACUGGAGUCGUCGAAGUCAAAUUCAAAAUCAAGGAGCUGGAUUUCAGGUAACUUAGAAUUUUUCUAGCUUAAUCCACACCCUAUUCAUCACCAUGGAAACAUUUUUUCUUGAGAAAAAUUAUUUUUUUAUGGGAAAAAAUAUACCUGGGGAUUAUUAUGUAGGUUGGAAGAUUGCCAAGAGCAAAAACUAAAAAUGUGCGAUGAAAUUGCAUUAGGCCACGCCCACUUUUUGAACAGCUUAAUAGGGGGAAAACUGUGCCAGACUUGCGAAAUCUCAAGCCCCGCCCACUUUCGUGGAGGUUGGAAAAUUGCCAAGAUGAAAAGUGUGCGAUGAAAUUGCAGAUUUCGGAUUAAGCUCCGCCCCUUUUCAAUAAUCAGAAGAAUAUGUGCCAGGCUUGCAAGAUUCAAUUAGGCUCCGCCCACUUUUAAAACUGUGCCAGGCGGAUUUUUUUCAAAAAAAAAGGGACCACAAAAAUGGAGCAGACACACACAUUUUCAGGAAUGUGACCAUUUUCUGAAAAACCAAGAGGCGUACCAUUUUUGUGGUCCCUUCUUCUUCUUCAGAAUCUGGUCCCAUUCCUCUAAAUAUACAUUUGUGGUCCCUUUUGCAGCUUUCUGGCUCCGUUCUUGUGCUCGGUGCGCAAAUAUGACGACAAAGCGAGGCGACGCGAACGCGACGUGGCGCGCGGAAGACGCAAGUCGCGAUUUUUUCCCUCGCUUGCCGAAAUUCGCCGAUUUUUUCGCUGGAAAUUUGAGGAGCGGAGAUAUGCGAAAUUGGCCAAAAUGGGACGACACAUUUGUUAUCUUACGUUGGUUUUUGAGGGAAAACUGUGCCGCACUUUUUGCAAUUUCAGGGAGUUAAGCUCCGCCCAUUUUUCUAUGUGGCAUUUUGGGGCCAUUUUUUCGAAUUUUAUUUUUCAUUUAGAUGUGCAAAAGUUAUCAAAAUUUUUGAAAGCAUUUAAAAACUUUUUUGGAAUUUUUGAAACGUAAAAAUCCAGGGUUUUUCAAAAUCUCAAACACACAACACGCAACGCAGAACCGCAUCGCAACUGACGACAUGAGCACCUAUACUGUUUUUAAAUCCAUGUCACUUGACCUACUUUUUUCUGUCUCGCGUGUUUUAAAUUCAAUAAUGAAGAAGAAAUCAAAAUUUUUGAAAGCUAGAAAAUGUUUAUGAAAUUUUUGAAACGUAAAAAUCCCGGUUUCUUGAAAUCUCAAAAUUUUUUCGGAAGAAAAUUGUGUCAUAAAAUCCACGUGGCUGCGAUUGAAAAAAAAACUGUGCCAGGGUUGCAGAUAAGCCCCGCCCACUUUUCAACCUGAUAAGCACUCUGAAAUUCGUCCGAGUGAAAAAUUCGUCAAGAAAGUGUGCCGCAAUUUUGCAAUUUCCAAACUUCAGUGUCUGAAAAACUGUGCCAGACUUGCAAAUUAGAAUCUCCAAGCUCCGCCCAUUUUUUACUAGGUUCAAAUGAUCAAAGCUCAAAAAUACCAAUUCGAAAAAAAAACUGUGCCAGGGUUGCAGAUAAGCUCCGCCCACUUUUAAACCUGAUAAGCAAAGUGUGCCGCAAUUUUGCGAUUUUAAAUCUUUACUGUCUAGAAACUGUGCCAGGGUAGCAGAUAAGCUCCGCCCACUUUUCAACCUGAUAAGCAAAGUGUGCCGCACUUUUGCAAUUGUGAAAUGCUAAAGUCUGAAAAACUGUGCCAGAAUUGCAAAAUAGAAUCUUCAAGCUCCGCCCCUUUUUACUAGGAAAAACGGGUUAAAAUUAUCAAAGCUUCGAAAAAAAUUCGACAAAAAAACUGUGCCAGGGUUGCAGAUAAGCUCCGCCCCCUAAACUUCCCAAAUUUUGUAGAGUAUUCGACGUGGGUGGUCAACGAUCAGAACGUCGAAAAUGGAUCCACUGUUUCGACAACGUCGAAUCCAUCAUUUUCAUCACCGCCAUCUCCGAAUACGAUCAAGUUUUGUUCGAAGACGAAACAACAAAUCGAAUGAUCGAAUCAAUGCAAUUAUUCAAUUCAAUCUGCAAUUCCACGUGGUUCAUCUCGACCGCAAUGAUUUUGUUCAUGAAUAAGAAGGAUUUGUUUAUGGAGAAGAUUCAGCGAGUUAACAUAACUACCGCUUUUCCGGAUUAUGAGGGAGGACAGAAUUAUGAGGAGGCUGUUGCGUUUAUCAAAUCCAAGUUUGCCGAAUUGAAUUUGAAUCCGGAUAAAAAGACGAUUUAUAUGCAUGAGACUUGUGCCACGGAUACUAAUCAGGUAAGAAUUUUAAAAAAAAUCAGAAUUUCUAGGAUUCCCCAGAAUUCCAUGAAACAUCGGUCAACAAUACAAAACUACCAACUAAAAUAUUUUUGAAGGAAAAAAAAUUAACUGAUUUUUUGAAACAGGAAAAUUUUUUUGAAAAAAAUAUACCGGAAAAUAUUGUCCAUCCUGACGAAUUGAGUUUGUUAGAGCAUUAUCAAAAUUUAAUAUUUAAAAAUAUUUUCAAAAAAAUUUAAUUCAUUUUUUGAAACAGUAAAUUUUUUCGAAAAAAAAAAUUAUAUCGGGAAAUAAUAUUCAAAACUUAACUGUUUCAAAAAUAUUAUGUUAUUUUUUCGAUUUUUCGAAUGAAAAUGAUAUUCCCCAAGUUUCAUCUAAAAAUUCAAAUUCACAGGAUUCGUCCUCUAAAUUUUGAAAAUUUCAAAACCACAGUACUCUCACCUUUUUGGCUUCAAAAUCUACAGUACCCCUAAAAUAUGUCACUUUUUGUUUUCAAAGUUUUGUCAAAACGAAUUAUCAAAAUUAAAUGUUUUGAAAAAAAAUUAAUUCAUUUUUUGAAACAGUAAAUUUUUUUCGAAAUAUUUUCUUAAAUUAUCAAAAUUAAAUUUUUUCAAAAGAAAUUUUAAAAUGUAUUUUUUGAAACAGUAAAUUUUUUCGAACAAAAAUUAUACUGUUUCAAAAAUAUUAUGAAUUUUUCAAUUUUUCGAAUUGAUAUUCACUAAAUUUUCCAAAUCAAAAUUUUAUCUAAAAUUCCUAAAUUUGCAGGUCCAAUUGGUCAUUUCAUCCGUCAUCGACACAAUUAUCCAGAAAAAUUUGCAAAAAGCCGGAAUGAUGUGA